CCGAAACAGUAGACGGCGUGUUCUACGAAAUCGUGUUUUAGUCCGCAGUUAUUCACCAGCGAAAAAAAUUACAGACGCGCUUUUGAGGGAACAAAGAAAGGAGCUCGGGGGUUGGUGUCCCCACAAGGCCAUAUCUCCAGCUCUUGUUUACGGAAGACAGAAAACAUAGGCGGCCACCUGUGCUAAUGAGCUAUCUAGCUUGCUUCGAACACCUGGCUGUACGCAACAGUAGGGAUGAAGUGUAGUUCUUCAACUGGAGAAACACAACUUCUGUGCAAUACUCGCCAAUGACGAGAAUAGCUUGAAAUCCACAAUUUCUCAGCCAAGAUGUCAAAAAGGCCAUCAUAUGCACCUCCCCCCACCCCAGCCCCCACAACUCAAGUGCCCAACACCCCUGGGUUUGUGGGGUACAACCCAUACAGCCAUCUGGCCUACAACAACUACAGGCUGGGAGGGAAUACCGGCAGCAACAACAGGGUAAUGAAUUCCUCAGGAAUCACUGUUCCCAAGCCGCCCAAACCGCCAGACAAGCCGCUGAUGCCCUACAUGCGGUACAGCCGGAAGGUAAGCAGGAAGGUGUGGGACCAAGUCAAAGCCUCCAAUCCGGAUCUGAAGUUAUGGGAGAUUGGAAAGAUUAUUGGUGGCAUGUGGAGGGACCUCACUGAAGAGGAGAAGCAGGAUUACUUGAACGAAUAUGAAGCGGAAAAGAUUGAGUACAACGACUCCCUGAAGGCCUACCACAACUCACCGGCUUACCUGGCCUACAUCAAUGCCAAGAACCGUGCCGAGGCGGCUCUGGAGGAGGAGAGCAGACAGCGGCAGACCCGCGUUGAGAAGGGAGAACCGUACAUGAGCAUCCAGCCUGCUGAAGACCCAGAUGACUAUGACGAUGGGUUCUCCAUGAAGCACACGGCCACCGCUCGCUUCCAGAGGAACCACCGGCUCAUCAGUGACAUCCUCAGUGAGAUUGUGGUGCCAGAUGUGCGCUCUGUCGUCACCACUGCACGCAUGCAAGUCCUCAAGCGCCAGGUCCAGUCCCUCAUGGUGCACCAGAGGAAGCUGGAAGCAGAGCUGCUGCAAAUAGAGGACAGGCACCAGGACAAGAAGAGGAGAUUCCUGGAGACGACAGACUCCUUCAACAGUGAGCUCAAACGGCUGUGCGGUCAGAAGGUGGAGGUAGACAUGGAGAAGCUGGCAGCAGAGAUUGCUGUGGCAGAGGAGACUGCUAGGCGGCGGGCGGAGGAGAGGGAGAAGGAAGCGGCGGAGCAGGCAGAGAAGGCGGCCCAGGCCCAGGAACAGCAAGAGCAGCAGCAGGCAGCAGCAGCCUCCGCUUCAUCUACCCUGCCCAUCACUGAACAGAACACCACCCCACCAACCACAGAGAACAAGGAGGACCAGGACAAGCCAACUCCUAUGGAGACCGAAGAGACUCCUGCAUCAGAUACAUCUGAGACCCAGCCUGAGGCUGAGGAGGGCACACCUGCUGCAGAGAAGCAGCAGGGCCCGCCGGUGGAGAGCGUCACGGACGAGGGCACGAGUGACAGCACUGCCCCAUCCGAGAGUAGCACCGGACCCCCUGCAGACCCCCCUGCUUCAGCUGAACCUGCCCCAGAGGAACGCCCAGCCAGCCAGCCCUCCCAAUAACAUCUCUGUAGAAGGGCACACCUCUCUCUGAGCACACCUUCCAACCUGUAGACAAGGAUCAUGCUUUGUGGGCACAGUGCUGCAUAUCAAAAAUAUUAGAAUGUAUAGGAGUGAUUUCAUGGGUAGAGAUGUCCAUAGUUUUGUACAUUCUGUGUGUUAUUUGCAAUGUUGUGCAACCCUGUGCCCAUUUAAAUAUGACCCUGUGAUGUUCUUCCACCAUCCCCACACUCAGUUUGUGUGUUUGACAUUUCUAAUGAUCUUAUGGAUUUCUGGAUUCAUACCACAAGCCAACCGUUCCUCUUUAGCUAUUGGCGUUGAUAGAACAGGGAGGGGCCUAGGCCUAAUUUAUUCCAUACCCAAUUGACAAUGGUUUUUAAAUGCUGUUUUUGUUGCCUAUUUUUUUUUUAAAUCUAAUCUUUAGUUAGUAAUCAAUAUGGUGUGGACUGUUAGUGAUGGAUUAAAUUCAGAAUUGCCAGUCCUUGAAUAUCACCUAUUAUAUCACAGCAAAUGGAUAAUUUGUGAACUGUUUCACAUGAGCUGUUUGCAACUGCACAGCUGUGUCAAACCCUGUUGCUGUGUGUCACCACUAGAUAAAUGGUCAGGAUGAACCUCAGACAAAACCUCACACAUUCAAAUGACUGUUUUUACUUGAAUUUGACUAAUUUUAGUAUACCUCUGCAAUUUGCAUCUUUUUUUGUACUGUCAAGCCUCUUGCCCAAAUAAAAGUAAUUUCUGUC